CAAUAUAAGAUAAUCUUUCUACUUUGCAAGGUUACAGACAAAUGCAUAUGUUCUGCUAUGAGUGUUCCCGUUUGUCUCACUGCCCUAAUGAAAUACCUAACAUUUCCUUUCCUUCUUGUUUCAACACAUGCGAGUAUGUUUGUAUAUUUACUUCUGAUUCUUUUUAUUGGUUUCUUGCUUGCAGUUUGGUGUGACUAGUUUAAUACACGAAUACUCCCAACCUGCAUUUCACAAACAUUGAUUUCUCCUCUAGUCUGUAUAUUUAACUGAUCAGAAGUCAUCACUUCACCUUAAAGGUUCACUAUUUUGCAUGCGAGAUCAUUACUUAUGGCAGACUUGAUGUUACCUAUAAAGAUUUGUUCUACUUACAGAGGCACCAGAUGCAUCAUUUGCAUUUAUGCAUAGUACUAAAGAGGCAACCAACAAUUGUUAAAACCUCCUCUUUGCUCCAAAAGCAGUAGCUAAAAUUGUAUUAUGCAUCUGUAUGUUGUAUUCACUAAUGGUAGGGAGGUUAGCUUUGGUAUGGAAUAAGGAGGGGAGGAAAAAGAAAUUUUAUAUACUAUGCUUUGCACUGUAUGUCUUGUACAUUAAAACCCAAAGGCUGCUCACUGCCUUUAGAAGAAUAGCUCUCAGCUGAGGUCCAAGGAAAACUUAGGUGGUUUGUAGCUAGUUUGUGAAACCACAUUAAACAGUCAAAUCUAUAAUCAUUUCAGUUCCAAAGGGUUCUGCAAGAAUAAUUAAAGUUGGAGAGUGAUCACUUAUUUCAAAAGGCAGGAAAUUUUAGUGACAGAAAAAUCCUGGGUUUGAAUUAGCUAAUAUCUGUAUGAAGAUAGGAAACCUUCCCUCUCUAUUGUUGUUUUUUUUUUUUAAGUAAUUUUGUUUAGAGAACACUUCCCAUGUUCUUCAUCACAGUAGCAGUCUUUUUACAUGCUUUUAGUUGAUCAUCUUGCACAGUUCUUUAAGGACUAAAGACUAGUUUGAAACAAAGUAUUCCCUAUUUAGAACAAAUGAUAAAGAGAAGCAUACCAUCUUUCAGCAGGAUUUAUGGUCUUCCCUGACUCUCUUCCUCCAUGGAAAGUAACUCCUGGCUUCUGGACUGCUUAAAAACUUUAAGGACACUAUGUGAAACCUGAUAAAAACACAAACAAAUAAAACACAACAUUGUAGAAAAGACACAGGAUUUAAAGCAGCUUCUACCACUUUAACUCUUCGAAGAGACUUCAAAGAUUGCUUAGGUUAAGUGCCUAUUUUUAUCUUUGUUUCAUUUUUCUAGGGAUCUGUACUCCCACUAUGAAUUUUUCAAAAGCCUUAGAAAACAUUAUGGUGCAUUGGUGGGAUAUAGCAGUACUCUGUCUUUCUCUGUCCCAUCCCCUUCUCUUCUCUGCUGCUCUACUAGUAGGCUGUAGGUUGAUUGGGGAUUGGUCCUGAUGCAGAGAGGAAAAAUGGCUUGUGUUAGAAGAUGCACAUAAGAAAAGGAGUAUCUUUUUUCUUUUGUUUCAGUGUACCAAGACCCACAACUUUACUGCUGCCUAUCUGCUGCCCUUCUGGGGAGAACUUGUGUCUUUCUCUCCAUAUUAGGUGCUUGCUCUCCCAGUUUCUCUCUGAAUUUCUCGUCCUUAACAAGUACUAGAGUUCUGGUCCUUAAUUUCUGGUCUGGGCUUUCUGCAGCCAUAACCAAUAAAAAAAAUCCAUACAAACCACAUCUUUUGAACCAAGUCUGCUUCAGCUGAAGAGGAAAGGGAGCUCCACAGAUUUGAGCAGAUUGUGCUUUAACCCCUUGGUCUGCUCUGCACAAAGUCACUGCUGGUCAUGAGACCCUGGGGGCAGCCUGUUGUCCCUGAUGCUCUCCUCACUGCUGAUGUCCAAUAUUUGUGAGCAGUGCCUGAACCUGCAUGCAAGCAGAUCACAUAUCCUCCCUCCCGGUACCACUGGAGACAGCGAGGGCUCUCACAGGCCGUGCAGCAGCCACGAAGAACAGAGCAGCAUGAUGCUGAGUGAGGUCUCUGAAGCCCCGGGGAGUCUGAGCUGUCUCUGUGCCGUGCGUUGUGGGGGGCAGCGCCCCGCCGGAGCCGAGCACCGGGGGCUGCAGGCCCCCCGCAGGCCAGGCACGGCGGGGCUCGGGGACCCCCGCUGCCGCCCCCAGCUCCCCCCGCCCGCUACCGCCGCCGGGCCGGAGCGUGUGCGCGUCCCUGCGUGCGCUGCCCAACGCGGCUGGUGCUCCGCAGCCCAGCGAGAGUUAACGCCGGAGCUGCCUCUCCAUUGGCGGCCGGCGGAGCGGCUGCGGGGCCCGCGUUUAUAACCGGCGCACGGGGACCCUCCGCUGGCACCGCGGCUCGGCUCCAUGCCGCGGCGGCCGGCAUGCCCAGCCUGCUACCGUCCCUGCUGGCCCUCCUCUGCUUCGGCGCGCCAGCGCCCGCCCUAAGGGGGCCGCCCGCCGCCGCCGGGGAUGCGCCGCCUGCCUCACCGCGGCGGGCCGAGGCUGCGGAGCCGUGGUGCCCCUACAAGGUGGGGGGCGAGGGCGCGGCGAGCGGGCGGCUCUGCUUCCGCACGCCGGCCCGCGGCUUCCAGUGCGCGGCGCGGGCCUGCCGCGCCCACCGCUCGCCGGGCGGCGCGCUGGUGGCCAACGUGCUGCGCAACGGCAGCGUGCUGCUGCAGUGGGGGCCGCCGCGCCCGGCCGCCGGCCUCCGCGGCUUCGCGCUCAAUUGCUCCUGGGACGGCACCUACACGCGCUUCCCCUGCGACAGCGUGGAGCUGGGCGCCGCCUGCCGCGACUAUCUGCUGCCCGAGGCGCACGGCAGCGUGCGCUACCGCCUCUGCCUCCAGCCGCGCUACGUGCCGCCGCGCCCCGCGCCGCCCGCCCAGUGCGUGGAGUUCCGUGUGGAGCCGGCCGCCAUGCGGGACAUCGUCGUCGCCAUGACGGCCGUGGGGGGUUCCAUCUGCGUCAUGCUCGUCUUCAUUUGCCUCCUGGUGGCCUACAUCACCGAGAACCUCAUGAGCCCGGCCCCCGCGCCGCGCCGCGCCUAGCGCCCCCCACCUGCCGCCAAGGGCGAGCGGGGUCGCGGCGGGCGGCGGUGGCUCCGCAGGGAGCAGGGGGCGGGUCCCUGGGCCGCGGGCCGUGCCCGGAGCACGGCCGGCGCUGAGCGGCGCUGCCCGGCUGCCGCAGUCGCCUCGGCCGCGCAGCGCCUGCGUCCCAGGCAGGGAAGAGUGUAUUGCAUCACCGUCGUCGCCCGGCGGCAGGCCGUUUCUUCGAUUUAUUGGCUAGACUGCUUCUUGCAAUACAUCCAACACAGUCUUUCUAAUUUUCUCAACAUAUAUUGAGAGAUUUUUUCUAAGCUGUUUUAAUAGCAGCUUUGCUCAGCGAAUCAUUUGAGGGUUUGGUUGUCUUGGUUUUGUUUUUCUGAACUUCCAGGAUUGUUUUUUUUUGUUUUUGUUUUUUUCUAUAUUCAGAGCUCUUCUUUUUCGUAGGAUGACUUUUCUGCCUGAGCCAUACUUUGGUUUUUGAACUCACAGGUUCUCAGUGGAUUAAAAGUUAAAAAAAAAAAAAAAAAAAAAAAA